CCUGCUCGCCCCGGCCUUCCUUUUGCCCCUCGUCCUCCUCUUCCUCCUCCCUCUCUCUCUCUCUCCAUCAAAACCGUGCUCUCUCUAUCUUGUAUAUAUAGCGAUCGUCUUCCCUCCCUUUCUCUCUAUAAAAACGGAUCAAUUCGAUUUUUCCCUCCUCGAUCGUAGCCUUUUGCUGCGGGCUUCUCGCCGUCGCGUCUGAACAAAGAGGAUCCUUGUGAAGGGGAAGCAAUUGGGGAUUCUUGUUCUGAGAGUCGGACGGCGGUUGAUGAGCGGAGAGCGAGGGGGGUAGAGAAAGAGAGAGGGUGUGCGUGAUCUGUGGUUACGAAGAUGACGGAUCAGGGCUUGGAAGGAAGCCAGCCUGUUGAUCUUUCUAAGCAUCCCUCCGGGAUUGUGCCGACCCUACAAAAUAUUGUCUCAACUGUGAACUUGGAUUGCAAGUUGGAUCUUAAGGCCAUAGCAUUGCAAGCUCGAAAUGCAGAAUAUAACCCCAAGCGUUUUGCUGCUGUUAUCAUGAGAAUAAGAGAACCAAAGACUACUGCCUUGAUAUUUGCUUCUGGGAAGAUGGUCUGCACUGGAGCUAAAAGUGAGCAACAGUCUAAACUGGCAGCAAGAAAGUAUGCUCGCAUAAUUCAGAAACUCGGGUUUCCUGCCAAGUUCAAGGACUUCAAGAUCCAAAAUAUUGUUGGCUCUUGCGAUGUCAAAUUUCCAAUAAGAUUAGAAGGUCUUGCAUAUUCCCAUGGUGCUUUCUCUAGUUAUGAACCAGAAUUGUUCCCUGGCUUGAUUUAUCGGAUGAAGCAACCCAAGAUUGUUCUGCUUAUCUUUGUCUCAGGCAAAAUUGUUCUAACAGGCGCUAAGGUGAGAGACGAAACAUAUACAGCUUUUGAGAAUAUCUAUCCUGUGCUCACUGAGUUCAGAAAAAGCCAACAAUGACGAAAGAGCCUGAAGUUAAAGAAAUAUGAUUUUGAGGAAGCGGGUGCAUUAAUUUCCAGAUCAUUAGCAAUCUGCUGAUUGCUGCUUGUGCUGACAAAAUUCACAAAUGUAAAUAGCUGGGUGUUUGAAAAAAGCGUGGCUGCUGUCUUAUGGUGGGAACCUGCUUGAUGGGGACUGACUUUUCUUGCCAUUUUGUGUGUGGGCUAUAGAGCUUGGAGUGGGCAUCCGUCGGGGGAGAAAAAAUUUGAUGCGGGUUGUAGGUACCGCAGAGGCUGGUCUUGGGAGCUUCAGUUCUGUCAUUGUAUGCAUUGAGCACAUCUGAUGCACAUAUGUUGGUGGCCCAUUCGUUCUCUUUCGGAACUUAACGGAAAUCAGUCUUCUGUCUAAGGUCUUAUUGGUGGGGUAUUUGCUUUGUGGUGCCGAGGCCAUUGGUGAACCUGUGGACAUACUUUAUAAUAAAUAAUGCGCCCAACUUUUUGAGUA